UGUUGUCCUAAACUCAAGCCCCCCAAAUUUCUUUCUUUUCCCUUUCUUUUCUCCAAUUCCAUAAUUUAAUUUUACUUCUGAAACUCUAAUCGAGUGCAUAGCCUACUUUUUUGGGAAUUUUUUUUUCCAUGUGAAAUUUACAUCAACUACAAACACUCUAGAUUUCACUUACCCCUUAUCUCAACUAGUUAAACCUCUGAAAUUUUGUUGAAAAGUUGAACCGUUGAGUGGGCGGAUAAUUAUUGAGAUAAUAUUGUGAAUUUAGACAUCCAUCUCAGUUUGUCCAAUGAGAACUGGAUGUCCUAGGAUUCAUUUGGCUUGUAGUAGGUGUUCAUAUCUCAAGAGACUAUCAUGUAGAGAUUAUUUGGUCUAUCGGGAUUGAAGUUGAACAACAAGCACUAUUAGAUUUCCAACAAAGCUCGAAUUGGUUAUAUUUGUACUUGUUCACUUUGAAUGAAGGAGCAGUUAACGAUUCACAUGAUAGAUAGCAACAUGAUGGAGGAAGACACUCCGAUCUUGAGGGUAGGGAUCAGUGCGACCCCAUGUUGUCAGAUUGACCAGUGCGAAGGUCCAGUCGAUGAUCCACAGAAAAAAAGCAUAAUGAACAAUGAAGACGCUCCGGUGUCGGAGGUGGGGAGCGAUUUGACCCGAGGGUAUCAGGUCGAUCAGUAGGAUAAAGAACCACUCAAUGAUUCACCGAAUGAUAGCAAUUUGAUAGGGGAAGAGGCUCCAAUUGCAACGGCGGGGAUUGAUUUGACCCAAUGUUUUCAGACUGAUCAGCUAUUUGGUUCACGAGAGGCAGCAAUUGAAUGGUGCCAUGAAGUUGCAAGAAAGAAUAAUACAACAGUGGUUAUAACGAGGUCAAAUAUGAACCCUGCGAAUAGGCGUGCCUUUGUUGACAUUGGAUGUCAAAGGGGCAAAAAGAAAUAUUACAGGUCUAAAGUCACGCCAGAUACCAGAAAACGUCAGUCAAGAGAAAGCAAGAAGUGUGAUUGUCCUUUUUCGUUGAGAGGUAUAUGCCUUGCUGAAAAUAAAUGGAGAAUUCGAGUCAGUUGUGGCAGACAUAAUCACGAGGGUGAAAGCACAUUUGUUUCAUACUUUAAUAGGGGGAAAAAAGAUGAGGAGCAACUAGUGGCUGAAUUAACUGCAAGUGGUGCGCGUCCUCAACAGGUAUUUCAGGCUUUGAAUGAGAGGAACAACAAAAGGCCGAGUUUAAAACGUCAGGCAGAAAAAAUGUUAGUGAUGGAACAUGUAAAUAUGAUGGAGGAAAACACUCCAAUCUCGAAUGUGGAGAUCGAGGUGACCCAAUGUUAUCAGAUUGACCAGUGUGAAGGUCCAGUCAAUGAUCCACAGAAAGACAACAAUAUGAACAAGGAAGAUGCUCCGAUGACGGAGGUGGGGGCCGAUGUGACCCUAUGUGAUCAGAUCGAUCAGGAUAACGAACUACUUGGUUAUCCACCGGAUGAUAGCAAUUUAAUGGUGGAAGAGGUGGGGAUCGAUUUGACCCAAUCUUUUCAGACUGAUCAGCUAUUUGACUCACGAGAAGCAGCAAUCGAGUGGUGCCAUGAAGUUGCGAGAAAGAAUAAUACAACAGUUGUUAUAAUGAGGUCAAAUAUGAACCCUGCGAAUAGGCGUGCCUUUGUUGACAUUGGAUGUCAACGGGGCAAAAAGAAAUAUUACAGGUCUAAAGUUACGCCAGAUACCAGAAAACGUAAGUCAAGAGAAAGCAAAAAGUGUGAUUGUCCUUUUUCGUUGAGAGGUAUACGCCUUGCUGAAAAUAAAUGGAAAAUUCGAGUUAGUUGUGGAAGACAUAAUCAUGAGGGUGAAAGCACAUCUAUUCCGUCCUUUAAUCGGUGGAAAGAAGAUGAGGAGCAACUAGUGACUGAAUUGACUGCAAGUGGUGCACGUCCUCGACAGGUACUUCAGGCAUUGAAAGAGAAGAACAACAAAAGGCCAAGUUUAAAACGUCAGGCAGAAAAAAUGUUAGUGAUGGAACAUGUAAAUAUGAUGGAGGAAAACACUCCAAUCUCGAAUGUGGAGAUCGAUGUGACCCAAUGUUAUCAGAUUGACCAGUGUGAAGGUCCAGUCAAUGAUCCACAGAAAGACAACAAUAUGAACAAGGAAGAUGCUCCGAUGACGGAGGUGGGGGCCGAUGUGACCCUAUGUGAUCAGAUUGAUCAGGAUAAAGAACUACUUGAUUAUCCACCGGAUGAUAGCAAUUUAAUGGUAGAAGAGGUGGGAAUCGAUUUGACCCAAUCGUUUCAGACUGAUCAGUUAUUUGACUCACGAGAAGCAGCAAUCGAGUGGUGCCAUGAAGUUGCGAGAAAGAAUAAUACAACAGUUGUUAUAAUGAGGUCAAACAUGAACCCUGCGAAUAGGCGUGCCUUUGUUGACAUUGGAUGUCAAAGGGGCAAAAAGAAAUAUUACAGGUCUAAAGUCACGCCAGAUACCAGAAAACGUCAGUCAAGAGAAAGCAAGAAGUGUGAUUGUCCUUUUUCGUUGAGAGGUAUACGCCUUGCUGAAAAUAAAUGGAAAAUUCGAGUUAGUUGUGGAAGACAUAAUCAUGAGGGUGAAAGCACAUCUAUUCCGUCCUUUAAUCGGUGGAAAGAAGAUGAGGAGCAACUAGUGGCUGAAUUGACUGCAAGUGGUGCGCGUCCUCGACAGGUACUUCAGGCAUUGAAGGAGAAGAACAAAGAUUGUCUCGUGAGCGCCAGAACAAUAUACAACAAAAGGUCGAGUAUAAAACGUCAGGAGGCAGAGAAAAUGUCAGUGAUGGAACAGGUAGUUAAGUUGUCAACCCAAUACCAUUACAUGGUGUGGCACAGAAAGGAUGAAAAGACGAAUGAGUUAAAGGAUAUAGUAUGGGCUCACCCAGAAUCCACAUUGUUGGCAAAAUGUUUCCCUUCUGUACUAAUAAUUGAUUGCACCUACAAGACUAAUAGGUUCAAGGUUCCAUUCUUUCACAUAGCUGGAGUUUCAUCUUUAGGAACACCUUUCACAGUGGCAUAUGCUUUCAUCGAGGAGGAGACGAAAGAGCACUUUAGUUGGGCAUUGACACAGUUAAAAUUCUUAUUUAUGUCGGAUACUUUACCAUCUGUUUGUUUGAUGAAUGGGGAGCAUCCAUUAAUAAAUGCUGUUCGCGUUGUGUUCCCUGAAGCAAAGAGGUUGCUCUGUACGUUGCACAUUGGAGAAAGCAUUGUAACCAAUUGCAGAAAAGAGAUUCUAGAUGACAAUAUGUGGAACAAUUUCUAUGGUGACUGGGAGUGUGUUGUAAAAGCAGAGACCAAGGAAGCUUUUGUGGAUUCGUAUACUGAGUUUGUAACAACUUGGGUGGCGAGGUAUCCGACAUGCAUUACAUACAUACGUGAUACAUGGAUGGUGCACAAGGAGAGCUUUAUUUUGGCAUGGACACAGAAGAUCAAGCACUUCGGAUACACUGAAAUAACUACGGAUGAGAGUGAGCAUGAUCAUUUGAGGAAGCAUAUGGAGUCCUCGAUGGGUACAAUGGGUUUCUUCUUUCGUUGCUGGGAGACGAUGCACGGCAUUGUAGCAAGCCAGAUUAAACAGAUUAGGGCCUCCAAUGAGAAGAGCUUGUCUAGUAUGAAUCGUAAAUAUGAGAUAUCUGCCUUCGAAGAGUUGAACAACCAUGUCUCUCAGCAUGCGUUGGACCUUAUACAAUUGGAACUCAAUCAAUCAGCAGAUAUAGAGUUGAAGAACCAAUCAACACUCGUAAGCAUUGAUAUAACUUCUUGUAGUUGUCUAAUUGGUUAUACACAUGGUCUUCCUUGUGUGCAUGAAGUACUUCACUACACCCAGGAGGGCAGCCCUAUUCCUCUUUCUGCAAUUGAUCAACAAUGGAAGCAACUCUCCAUGGUGCUCAAAGUGGAUUAUGAUUUUGAUUUUAUUUCCCAACCCGAGGUGCGACUCCUAAAACAAAGAUGGAUAGAAGCGUCAGAAUCUGACCGAGGCUUAAUGGAGGAGAAGAUGAGAGAAGUCUUGUCAUCUUGGGAUAGCUAGAUGACACUCAAUGAUGGAAAUUCAGAUUCGAUGCAUGUUGGAGCAUUUAUGUUUCCUUCGUUACGUUCAGCAUGAUAUAUGGAGCACAACUUUGUCUUCAAGUUAAUGGUUGGAUUAACUGCUAGAAUUGGAGUUAAGAAUAAACUGGAGUUGUUGAAGUUGAGAACACAUUUGCAGAUUAGACUGAUAUGUUUUCUGCUGUAGUUGCAAUAGGUUGGAAAUCAGAAUCAGGAUGCCAACUUAAAAGUAGGGUAUGCCAGGAAGUCUCAUCAAGUUUACAGCAAUGUUGAUGUUUACGGAGAAUUUGGGGACACCAUGCCAGUUGGUUUGACACGGAUUGACUUGCGUUAUGCUUCUUUCAAUCUGAUAAGACGAACGUCAAUAGGCUUCAUUCCAGUCAUUUCUAGGAAACCUGCAACAUAAUGCCACACUUAGAAGAGGAGUGGAGGUCAUAGAAGUUUCUAUAGAUCUUAAGAAUGUAGUUUUAACCAAGUUUGUGUUGGUGCUUUUUAAAUUUAAAAGGGUUUUCAGUGGUUCUAAAAGGUCCUCCUAGAUCUCUGUUAUUUAUAUAUCCUGCUGUAAUUAUGUUCUAUCAGUACCCAUUUUGAAUGCCUACUAUCUCAUCAGUGCAGGCUGAGUGUUAAGAAUGGAGGGUGAUUCUAAAUGAAGUAACAGAUCUCAUUCCUUAUUUUGGUCACUAAGUAGAUGCAUGAUCCAGAAAACA